CCUUUGUAAAAGAGCAGAUGCAAAAAAUUUCAAGGAUGUGCAAAUACGUAGUCUAAGACAAGGAAGUGUCAUUGCUGAAAGUAUUGCAUUGUAUAACUAUCCCAACAACAACUCACAAAUAAUGUUUCUAAAUAACGAUUUGGGUCCCACCCUGGAAAAAAUCUUUAAUGACUCAGAUUCGUUAAAAAGUCUCAGCAUAGCUCUCGGCAAUGCUUCCAUCCAAAAUGCCCAAAUUAUCAUGGGGACAGUAGAAAUAUCAAAUAUUUCAGAUCUACAUCAGUUUGUGCAAUGCACUGUGAAUUUUACAAGCUUAACUGUAGAGCUUGAUGAUGGAGCAUGGGUAUGUGUGGGACCAUGCCAAAAAAAUCCCAACUUCUGCAAUCAACAAGGUGCAUGCCAAAAUGAAAUAAAUGGACCACACUGCAAGUGUCACAGUUCUUACUUUGAGAAGUACUAUGGAGCUCAGUGUGAGCUUUACAGCAGAGGAGCCGGUUUCUACGCUGUUCUCUUCGGCUGUUUAGUAGCUUUUGCUCUACUUAUCAUCGUUUCAGCCGUGAUGAUUGUGGUGUUCUACAGAGCCAAGAGAACAUCAAGCAAAAAAUUUGAAUUAUUUGAAGAUGACUUCUUUGAUUUUACAUCAAGAGGAGGUUAUGGGCAUCAAAACUUUUCAGUCACAGAAGAUUCGAUAAACACCACAGCAACUGAAGUGACUGAUGAACAGAGAUGA